AUGCCUGCCACCGAGCAGUGCCUGUCACCACUUCAUGCCUGCUUCCAACUAGUGCCCUCCACCUCGGCCCUGCAACACCCAGGUGCCUGCCGCUACCUCAUUCCUGCCACCGCCCAGUGCCAUCCGCCACUUCGUGCCUGCCACUGCCCACUGAUUGCCACCACAUCAGUGCCCGCCACCACCCAGUGCCUGCCGCCACCUCGUGGGUGCCACAGCCGCGUGCCUGCUGCCACCUGGCGCCUGCCAGCACCUCGUGCCUGCCACCGUCCAUUGCCUGUCGCCACUUCGUGCCUGCCACUGCCCUGGGCCAUCCGACACCUCGUGCAUUCCACCACCCUGUGCCUGCCGUCACCUGGUGCCUGUUGCAGCCAGGUGACUGUUGCUGCAGAGUGCCUGUCAUCACCUUGCGCCUGGCACCGCCGAGUGCCAUCCGCCACCUUAUACCUGCAACUGACCAGUGCCUGCCACCACUUUGUGCCUGGUACCGACCAGCGCCUUCCACCACCUUGUGCCUGCCACACCCCUGUGCCUGCCGCCACCUUGUUCGUGCCACUGCCCAGUGAUAUCCACCACUUCGUGCCAGCCGCUGCCCACUACCUGCCGCCACCUCGUGCCUACCACUGCCCAGUGCCUGCCGCCACCUCGUGGGUGCCACAGCCACGUGCCUGUCACCACCUGGUGCCUGCCACCACCUGGUUCCUGUCACUGCCCAGUGCCUGCCGCCAUCUCGUGCCCUCCACCAGCCAGUGCGGGCCACCACCUAUUGCCUGCCACCGCCCACCCAGUGCCUGCCGCCACCUGGUGCUUGCCACAGCCCAGUGCCUGAUACCACCUGGUCCCUGCCACAGCCCAGUGCCUGCCGCCACCUCUUGCCUGCAACCACACAGUGCCUGCCGCCACGUCAUGCUUGCCACCACCCAGUGCUGCCGCCACCCUGUGCAUUCCACCACCCAGUGCCUGCCGCCACCUGCCCAGUGCCUGCCACCAUCUGGUGCCUGCCACCGCCCCGUGCCCGCCGCCACCUCAUUCCUGAUUCAGCCCAGUGCCUGCCGCCAACUCGUGCUUGCCACAGCCCUGAGCCUGCCUCCAUCUGGUGUCUGGCAGAGCCCUGAGGCUGCCACCACCUGGUGCCAGCCACAGUCCAGUGUUGGACCCCAUCUCGUGCCUGCAAGCACCCAGUGCCUGCAGCCACCUUAUGCCUGCCACCACAUAGUGCCUGCCCCCACCUCGUGCCUUCCACUGACCACUGCAUGCCGCCACCUUGUGCCUGACACAGCCCAGUGCCUGCCACCACCUGGUCCCUGCCACAGACCAGUACCUGCCGCCACCUCUUUCCUCCAACUACCCUGUGCCUGCCGCCACGUCAUGCCUGCCACCACGCAGUGCUGCCGCCACCCUGUGCCUUCCACGACACAGUGGCUGCUGCCACCUGGUGACUGCCACAGCCCAGUGCCUGCCGCCACUUUGUGCCUGCCACUGCCCAGUGCCUGCCAUUACCUCGUGACUGCCACCACCCAGUGCCAGCCCCCACCUCGUGCCUUCCACCGCCCACAGCAUGCCGCCACCUUGUACCUGACACAGCCCUGUGCCUGCCACUGCCCAGUGCCUGCCGCAACCUGGUGCGUGCCACGGCCCAGUGCCUGCCGCCACCUGGUGCCUGCCACCGCCCUGGGCAAUCCACAGCCUCAUGCCUGCCAACACCCAGUGCCUGCCGCCACCUGGUGUCUGCCACAGCCCAGUGCCUACCGCCACUUUGUGCCUGCCACUGCCCAGUGCCUGCCAUUACGUCAUGACUGCCACCACCCAGUGCCUGCCGCCCUCUGGUGCCUGCCACCGCCCAGUGCAUGCCACCACCUCGUGCCUGCCACAGCCCAUUGCCUUCCGCCAACUCGUGCCUGCCAUCACCCAGUGCCUGAUAACGCCCAGUGCCUGCCGCAACCUAGUGCGUGCCACAGCACAGUGCUUGCCGCCACCUGGUGCCUGCCACCGGCGAGUGCCUGCAACCACCUCAUGUCUGCCACAGCCCAGCGCCUGCUGCCACCUGCCCAGUGCCUGCCGCCACCUUGUGUCUGCCACCGCCCUGUGCCAGCCCAGACCUCUUGCCUGCCACCAACCAGCGCCUGCCGCCACCUGGUGCCUGCUACAGUCCAGUGCCUGCCGCCACCUCGUUCCUGCCACCGCCCAGUGCCAUUCGCAACUUCGUGCCUGCCACUGCCCAAUGAUUGCUGCCUUCUUAGUGCCUGCCGCCACUUCGUGGGUGCCACAGCGGUGAGCCUGCUGCCACCCUGGUGCCUGCCGCCACCUGGUGCCUGCGACUACCCAGUGCCUGCCGCCACCUCGUGCCUGCCACUGCCCAGUGCCUGCCACUACCUCGUGGGUGCCACAGCAGCGUGCCAGCCGCCACAUGGUGCCUGCCGCCACCUGGUUCCUGUCACUGCCCAGUGCCUGCCGCCAUCUCGUGCCCUCCACCAGCCAGUGCGGGCCACCACCUAUUGCCUGCCACCGCCCAGUGCGUGCCACCACCUUGUGCCUGCCACAGCCCAGUGCUUGCCGCCGCCUCGUGCCUGCCACAGCCCAGUGCUUGCCGCCACCUGGUGCCUGCCACCGCCCAGGGCCUGCCGCUACAUCGUUGGUGUUACAGCCCAGUGCCUCAUGCCACUUUGUGCCAUCCACAGCCCAGUGCCUGCCGCCACCUGGUGCUUGCCACAGCCCAGUGCCUGCCGCCACCUCUUGCCUGCAACCACCCAGUGCCUGCCGCCACGUCAUGCCUGCCACCACCCAGUGCUGCCGCCACCCUCCCAGUGCCUGCCACCAUCUGGUGCCUGCCACCGCCCCGUGCCCGCCGCCACCUCAUUCCUGAUUCAGCCCAGCGCCUGCCGCCAACUCGUGCUUGCCACAGCCCUGUGCCUGCCUCCAUCUGGUGUCUGGCACAGCCCUGAGGCUGCCACCACCUGGUGCCAGCCACAGUCCAGUGUUGGACCCCAUCUCGUGCCUGCAACCACCCAGUGCCUGCAGCCACCUUAUGCCUGCCACCACAUAGUUCCUGCCCCCACCUCGUGCCUUCCACUGACCACUGCAUGCCGCCACCUUGUGCCUGACACAGCCCAGUGCCUGCCACCACCUGGUCCCUGCCACAGACCAGUACCUGCCGCCACCUCUUUCCUGCAACUACCCAGUGCCUGCCGCCACGUCAUGCCUGCCACCACCCAGUGCUGCCGCCACCCUGUGCCUUCCACGACACAGUGGCUGCUGCCACCUGGUGACUGCCACAGCCCAGUGCCUGCCACCACCUCACAUCUGCCACAGCCCAGCGCCUGCCGCCACCUGGUGCCUGCCACUGACCAGUGCCAGCCACCCCAUCUUGUGUACCACAGCCCAGUGCCUGCCGCCACCUUGUGUCUGCCACCGCCCUGUGCCAGCCCAGACCUCUUGCCUGCCACCAACCAGCGCCUGCCGCCACCUUGUGCCUGCCACAGUCCAGUGCCUGCCGCCACCUCUUUCCUGCCACCGCCCAGUGCCAUUCGCAACUUCGUGCCUGCCACUGCCCAAUGA